CCCUCAGCGCCGAUAUUCAUUAAGGGACAGCACCAGGGACAGCACAUUGGCGCAGCGGUGGAGUUGUUGCCUUACAGCGUCAGAGACACGGGACCAAACUGGUUGCUCUCUCUGUACGGAGGUUGUGCAUUCUCUCCGUGACCUGCGUGGGGUUUCUCCGAGACGUGCAGAAACUCGUAUUAUUCUCACAAAGAAGACUUUAAAAUCCAUGGAAAGCCAACUUUCUCUGGAGACUUGCAUGCAGCUGCGCAGUGGGCGCAGGAUCGCCGGCCUGCAGCGCCACCAGAUUCCGGAGGCCGUCGGUGCAAGCGGCGCCGGGACCAUGCGCGGUAAGCACCGGAGGACCGCGCCGCAGCGCAGCAUCUGGUCGGAGGACGAACCUGCGCCGGCCCUGGUUAGAAGGAGUAUGCGCGGCAAGCACCGGAGUACUGCGCCGCAGCGCCUCCUCCGGUGGGAGGACGAACCUGCGCCGGCCCUGGUUAGAAGUAGUAUGCGCGGCAAGCGCCGGAGGACUGCGCCGCAGCGCCUCCUCCGGUGGGAGGACGAACCUGCGCCGGCCCUGGUUACCCGGAGCAUGCGCGGAAAGCACCGGAGGAACGCGCCGCAGCGCCGCCUCUGGGCGGAAGCCGUCGCUGCAGCCCCGUCGCCACAGCGCCCCCCGCGGCCGGAGGAGCGCCCUGCGAACCUUGAGACCUCCCAUAUCUCUCCCCAUUGUUCUAGGAGCCCUAAUUGGCCUAAAAUGGGCCCCAGCCUCCCCCAAGCCGGGGUGGGGGGCGCCAUGGAGGACCUGCGGCCUUCCUCCGUCCCCACCAAAGCCUACGCCAAACAGGUUGACAUGGCCCCGUCACCCCGUAAGACACCCAAGGCCUUACGCCUAGCUGCCUGGGACAAGGCCAAAUCCACAGGCUUAGAGCCCCAGAAUAAGCCUGAAGAUUUGGGCCUUGAGGCCCAGGCUAUGCCCCAGACUCCGAACCACAAGUCCCAGGCAAGGCCUGAGGCUUCUGGCCUAUUAUCACAGGACAAGGCCAAAGCAUCAGUCUUCGAGUCCCAAGAUAGGCCUCGGGAUUUGGGCCUUGGGUUGAAAUCCAGGCCCCAGGCCUCGCGUCCAGAAUUCCCGGCCUAG